CGCGCGUGAGGGUGAGGAGGAGGAGGCGGCGGCGGCAGCGGCGGCCCUGGGCGUGAGGCGGCAGCGGCGGGGCCGGCACUAUGUCGGGCUCGGAGGAGUACUCCUCGGCCGAGGACGAGGACUACGUGCCCUCAGGUGCGGAGUACAGCGAGGACGACGUGAGCGAGCUGGUGCGGGAGGAGGCGGCGGACAGCCCGCGGCCGCCCUGCGGUAGGAGGAGCCCCCGCCGCCCCGCCAGCAGGAAGAGGAAGAAAGGAGGUCUCUUGCUAGAGCCAGAUGACAAAGAGGAAGAAAAGGCUCAGCAGAACGAAGAGGAGGAGGAGGAAGUAGAUAAUGUAGAGCAGGUGGAAAGAAACAGAGAAGAAGAAGAAAAAAAGAAAGAGGAUGCUCUUUGGGCCAGUUUCCUUAGUGAUGUGGGACGGAAGCCCAAAGUGGUGGCUGCCACACAAGUGAUGCAAACUAAGAAGGGUGAAGAAGAGAAGAGUGGGAACAAGCUUCAGGAGAAACCAAAAGAGUCUGAGAAGCCAAAAGAUUCAGGAAAAGUGACAAUCACCAAAGUGUUCGAUUUCGCUGGUGAGGAAGUCAGAGUGACUAAAGAAGUGGACUCAACCUCAAAAGAAGCUAAAUCCUUUCUGAAGCAGCAAGAGAAAUGGCAGUUGGCAGCUCCAGCUUCCCUCCCAACAGUCUCUGGAGUCAGGCCGGUCUGUAGUACAGCUGUACAGUGGCUGGAGGCUCCCACCCAUGGAAUAGUUGGUGGAUGCAGGGUGAGGAGGCCAAGCGGUAUGAGCAGCCUUCUGGGGAAGAUUGGCUCCAAAAAGCAGAAGAUGAGCACACUGGAGAAAUCUAAACUGGACUGGGAGAACUUCAAGGAGGAGGAGGGGAUUGUGGAGGAGCUGGCAAUCCAUAACCGAGGGAAAGAUGGGUACAUCGAGAGGAAAGCAUUCCUGGAGCGUGUGGAUCACAGGCAGUUUGAAAUCGAACGUGACAUCAGACUGAGCAGGAUGAAGCCCUGAUGUGCCGGGGGUGGCCACGGGGGACCCUGCUCCCUUCUGUGCCUCAGCGCUGGCUGGGGGCUGCCAGCCACCGCCUGACCACCAAGCACGGAAACUGUUCUCUACCCAAGACUCAGCCUGUAUGUCUCAAUGUACAGGUUUUUCCUUUUACUGUAAUAGUUUGGGGAGGGUAUUUGUCAGUGGGCAGGGGGCUCUUCGAGGGUUAAAUGGCCCAGCAAGUGACAGAAGGGACUGGUGUGAUUCUGUCAGGCAGCUUUCCAAGGAGGAGAGAUGGUGGCACCCAUCCUUUGCCAACCCCGGGUGCUUCUGGCAGCAGGAGGAGCCACCAAAGCUGGGAGAGUGCUGGAGCCUGGGUUAAGGCUCGGCUGGCAUAUUUGGUUGUGAGAACGGAGCUGCAGGAAGGUUUUGUGGCUGCUGUGCGUGCGCAAGCUGUGGGCUGGAGCCCUUCUCCCCACUCUGCCAGCCCCUCAGUUCUCCUUGCCCCUCUGCGCUGUGCUCUUGCCCAGACAAAGCUGAACUGUCUGUACUUGUUUGUGGGGUCUGAUGAUGCUGGGGGGGGUUAAGCAAGCCGAUGAAGAAAUCCUUCCUUGUUCAUGCUCUCAAGAAGAUGGGAGCAGCUGCAGCAGGCAGGACAGGCCAGGAUCUGAGUGUUCACAUGAAUAAAGUAUUCCAUCCCAAUG